CCGCUAAAGGUCUUACCCUGCCCGGGGAUCCCUGAGGCCCCUUGUAAAGUCCAGCAUUCUGAUUCAUUACCUAAAGGACCCCCUUUCUUCUAACCUUUCAUUUCAACUAUACGAACCCCUGCCUGCCUUGGGCAGAUUCUUAAAAUAUUUGCCCAUCAGCACCCUCUCAGAGAGGAAUGUCAAAUGCUGCCGUGAUGUCAAAAGGGCCCCAAGGAGAAGCGCCUUGCCAAACCCAGCCUGUCACUCGUGGCCACGGCAGAGUGGGAGAUAAGCAAAGGCAGAGGCUCAGAGAGAGACUGGUUCCCUGGGCUCCCUAAACCACCCAGAGGAUCUGUGUGGGUUGGCGCUGCAGGGCGAGACUGUUAGCUGUCAAGAACAAUGAACUGCCAGGUACCACUGCCCAAGUAAAAGCCAGGAGUCUGAGGCUCUUCUGAUUCCUCGCCCUUGUCAAGCCCGCAUCAGGAUGUCCGGAGCCUCCAAGGAGGGCCUGGAGACCCGAGGGCUGCCGGUGUCAGGCAAGGCCUGCUUAACCACCAUGGACAAAAAGCUUAAUGCGCUAAAUGAGAAGGUGGACAAACUCUUGCAUUUCCAAGAAGAUGUCACAGAGAAACUGCAGUGUGUGUACCAAGGAAUGGGCCAUCUGGAGCAAGGCCUACACCGGCUGGAGACCUCUCAGAUUCUGGGUCCGGGUGGGUCUGACCACACUCCUCCAGCUGACUCACAGGCUGGGUCGCCGGAGGUCCUGGAGCUGGUGAGGGCUGUGCGGCAGGAGGCUGCCCAGCAUGGCGCCAGGCUUGAAGCCCUGUUCAGGAUGGUAGUGGCUGUGGACAAGGCCAUAUCUUUGGUGGGGGCCGUGUUCCAGAACUCGAAGGUGGUGGAUUUCAUCAUGCAAGGGAGUGUCCCCUGGAGGAAAGGAAGCCUGGCUGAUGGCCCUUUGGAGAACAAAGAUCGACUGGAAGAGAAAGGAGCAAAGCCAAAGCAUGCGCUGAGCACCAGAGCUGUGCAAGCUGAGAUCAGGGGGCCUUGGGAAGAGAGCCAGAAGGCGAACCUGCCAGAGGGGACAGAGGAGAGGCUGACCCCCGUCAAUGCUUCCGAGAUAGGAUCUGACCUCCCCACCCAAGCAGAGGCCCAACCAGGGCAGGAAGAAGGAGUUCCUGGCCCAGCCCAAGUGCCCCUUGGCCUCCUGCCGCUGCACACAGAGGCCGAAGCCAAAGCUCCUGGAGCAUUCACUGAGAGCCCUGGGACUGGCCUGGAAUUGUCUGCAGCAUCCAACAGGGUCAGUGAAGCCUCCACCAGCCAGGAAGCUUUACCCAGUACAGACCAAGGAUCGUCAUUCAGCGGGCCUGACCCGCAGCCCUCAGAGGCAGGCGUGAGGCUCACUCCAGGGCUGCCAGCUCAAGCCAAGGCAGCUCAUGGUGGUGGAGAAACGCCUGCCAGGAUCUCCAUCCAUGUACAGGAGACAGAUAACCCUGGGGAGAUGCUUGUGACGCGAGGGGACAGCCUCAGACCCACGCCCCCUGUGGAGGCUCCCACAGCUGCCCAUCCAGGUGAGCAGGACCCAUCUGGGCCCACGCCCCAGACCCCUGCAACCAAGUCAGAAGAACAGAUCCCGAAAGGAGCCAGCAAGAUUUCCUCACUGCAGAAACAGAACAGCCACGAGGGAGUAAAGACAGAGGAGGAGCAGGGGCCUGGGGCUGAGUCCACCACGGGACCAAGCGGGGCCAGGAGGGACAGAGGAAGUGAUGCUGGAGCCACAGGCUGGCAGCAGGACAAAGGCACGGGAGCAGGAAAUCCUGAACCCGGGAAGGACUGCACAGCCGGAGGUGCUGAAGCAGGAAGGAGGUCGCCCCUUGGAGCUGAAGCUGGGAGUGUGGUUCUGGAUGACAGCCCAGCCCCACCAGCCCCCUUUGAACACCGGGUGGUGAGUGUCAAGGAGACCGUGACCUCGGCAGGUUACACAGUGUGUCAGCAUGAUGUCUUGGGAGGGGGCCGGUUUGGCCAGGUCCACAGGUGCACAGAGAAGUCCACAGGGCUCUCGCUGGCAGCCAAGAUCAUCAAAGUGAAGAGUGCCAAGGACCGGGAGGAUGUGAAGAAUGAGGUCAACAUCAUGAACCAGCUCAGCCAUGUGAACCUGAUCCAGCUCUAUGAUGCCUUUGAGAGCAAGAACAGCUGUACACUCGUCAUGGAGUAUGUGGAUGGGGGUGAACUCUUUGACCGGAUCACAGAGGAGAAGUACCAGCUGACUGAACUGGAUGUGAUCUUGUUCACCAAGCAGAUCUGUGAGGGGGUGCAUUACCUUCAUCAACACUACAUCCUGCACCUGGACCUCAAGCCGGAGAACAUACUGUGUGUCAGUCAGACAGGACAUCAAAUUAAGAUCAUUGACUUUGGGCUGGCCAGAAGGCGCAAAAGAUGCAUUUUUCAAUGCCAACAUGAUGGAUGAGGCCAAGGGUGAUGUUGUGAGAGUUAACAGCAGAGGAAAGUUCAUAUAUUCCUACUGUACCUUUACACUGUCCCUAUUACACUGUGUACUGUUUUUCAUGAAUGGUAUGCCAAAGCCCCCAACCCAAAUGCUUCAAAAUCAAAUUCAAUCCAUGAUGUAAAAAACUACUUAAUAUUUUCCUAAAUAACGUCUUAUCAAGUUGGGAUACAUCUUAUAUGCUUGCGUUCUUAUAUGCUAUAGCAAUGUCUCUGAAUCUAUUUUAUUAUUAUCAUUGCUUGCCUUCCAAAGUGUCUUUUUCGACAUUUCUUUCCUAAGCAUCAGGCCCCCUUCUCAUGGAAGUAAAUGCUGCAGUUGUCCUUUGUAUCUGUUUAUGUAUCAUAGCCCUUUGGAGAGCCACAAAACAUUGCCCUUCCAGGAACCAAUGCUCACGUAAGUGGGGCAAACUGAGAAUGCACAGCCUCCCAUAGUGUGUAUGUGGUACCCUCCCAACUGCCAGAUGUCCGAUUGCCAAAUGCGUAUUUACAGUGACAAACUGAAUUCAGAGCAAGGAUUUACCAGUUGAGGCAACUGGAUUCUGGGAAGUCUUCUCUGAGCAGCUGGGAGGGAUGGAUGGACAGGGUGUUGUUAUCUGCAGGCAGUAGUAUGCUGGCAAAGGUUUAUCAGCUCUGUGGGAGGGUGCUGGAUGGAGAUGGGGUUCGACUUGUAGCCUUUGCUAAUUUCAGCUGAGUUCAACCUACCAACACAACAUCACUGAAUGCAGAUUGGGAGGAGAUGUACACUCCUGUACUCUUGAGAACCAGCUCCAGCACACGGGGGUGGGGGUGGGAGUGGUGGGGGGGUUGUGGAUGAUGGGGGCUGGUCGAGGAUGUACACCAGGCCCGCACAGGAAGGGAGGAGCUGGGGUGGGACGGGGGGAGGCAGAUACAGUGAAGAUGAGGGUGUUACUAGGGAGUCCUGAAUGUCCUGCUAAGAAAUUGGAACAUUAUCCUAUCAGGCAUCGAGUUACCUAGUGGGGAGGUGAAAAAGGCUGUAGGACAGCCUACCAAACAUGUUAGUCCAAAUCUAUCCCCAAACUCUCAGGCAGUCCAUCUCAAACUGUCAGAUAAAUUCAUUAACCUGGUCAAAGGCAUUGAUGACAAUAAUUUUGCUGAUGGCCCAGAGGCGGAGGGCAAGGCAAGUUCAAGACAAUAAACACGGGGAACCACAUUGAAGAGAAGGCCACCCACGUGAAACUGCUGGGCACGGGGGAAAUGCCGGUGUCUAAAACACGUGGUGUUCAGGAAACCUCACUCAGCAGAGAUGGGCUGACAGAGGCACUGGCUCCAGCUGGAGGUAAAAGGAAAACAUCGGAAACAUCCUCAGCAGUCUGGCAACCUGGCCAUUGGGCAAAAGGAUUAUUUGGCAAGUUGGAUUUUGCCAGAUUGGCCUGCAUGUCCUUCUAAGAGGAGGAAUCUGUGGGGGGACUGUGCAGGUUGAGAGAGCAUAUUUUAUAUGCCAGAAGAAGCAAUGUUUGUAGAGAAGAAGGAAAAGCCGGUUUCCCCCUAGAAUACAAACUGUAGGAAGUAAAGUGGUAUUUCUGGGUGGAGCCAUUAAAGAUGCUGAGGUGUACAGUCGGAGCAUGGCCACCAUCAUGUAGGCAGGGGUGGGGGUCUGGGGGGUUGGCACACACAGAUCUUCAGAGGCCAAAACAUCCAGCCAGAGGGACCAGUGUUACACCAGUGGGCAGUGAGACCCAUCAGUGGGUCUAAGUAGGGGCCUAUGGGUAAGGAUGGGAGCAGGAUGGGAAGUAUCUUGUUUAAGUUUGGUCUCCAGAAUGUUGGGUGCAGGGUUCGGCUUCUUGUCUACCAGUCCGGUACGCAGAUUGAAAUACAAACCUAUGUCAUCAGAUCCUUUGGCAGGGCAAGGAAGUGCCUGCCCCAGCCUCCGUGAGGCUGCAACCUCAUAUGUGACCCUAUGGUCACAGAGUGCCUUAGGAAUUUGGAGAGGAGGUCUUGGUGGAUGUUAGUUAACUGAUGUUAGUUAACUGCCACAGUACUGCUGUGUGACAAACCCCCCCCAGACUGCAGAGGCUUAAAGCUGUCAUUUAUUCUCAUCCACUCAUUUGCGAGUCAUCUGGGGGUGUGGUAUGCUGGACCCCCCACUCAUAGCUGCUCAAGAUAAGGAACCUUGUAAACAGUUGUUAAAAUGUACCAUUAAUUAACGAUUAAAUUGUAUGAACUUACAAUUAAAGAACUUAUAUUUUCAAACGUUAUCACUUCCUAAUUAUUUUACUGCUCCUGCAAUUAUUGGUGCUUGUUGAAAGACCGUGGGAUGGCGCGCUACAGCACGUCGCUUCCCAACUCGGCAUCCAGACAUUCAUCAUGUUUGAAAUUGGCCAUCAUUAAAUCAGUAUUUAUACCACUACAAAUGGCAAAUGCUGCAAAUCAGGACCUUUUUUUUUUUUCUUAAUCAGAUAGCUGGUUGUUAAACAUUUACCCAUGGGCCAAUGGUUGGGAAUCACUGAUUCCUGACCACCAAGGGGACUUGGGCUUGGAUCUAAGACACAGGUCAGUGAGGGCAGAGCUGCUCUAUGUGUCUCCCGUUCUCUCCUCAUGGUGGUGGCGGAGGAACCAGGAGGCAAGCUAUUACGGUCUAGCUUGGAUGGGCCCCGCCAUCAUACCUCCUGCAUCUCACGUGGCCGAGCCAGUGUCAGUGGGGUGGGGCGAGUGAGCGACAAAGUCACAGGACACAGGAUGUGGCUCGGGGGCGAGAUGAAGCAGUGAGAACAAGGCAGCCUCUGGGAAAGUGGCUUCUAGGGGCUGAGAGCCUGGGUCUUCGCUCCUCUCUCUUUUCUUCUCUCCUUUUAUGCGGGGGAGGGAGGGAGGUUUCAGAUCUUUUAUUGUGAAACACCAAACAUGCAUUUUAAAAGCGAAAGUACACUUAAAAACGUAUAUUUAUAUCACAAAGACCUGACCACAUCAUAGUUGCAAAUACAUUUGCUAGAAUGUGUGUAUCUACACUAGUAUGCAAGACAAACCGAUUUCUACACUAAUAUUAAUAUACUAUCAGUAGUGAUAGAUAUUUUGUACAUUUUCAAAAGAAAACAACAUACUUUUACAACAAAACCAUAAUUAAGAUCUUCAUCAAGGCUUCUGGAUCCAUUUUCUUUCUU